CAUGUUUCCAAACACUAAUGAAUCUGUAACAUUUGUAGCCACGUAUUUCUUCCCGCCAUAAUUCCAGUUUCUCGGUCUUAAAUGUUAUGUAUAUUUGUAUGAAGAGUGUUGAAUAAGGCCUCAAUGGCAUUCAGCCAGUCAGCAUCUGGUUUGUUGCCGGAGUAACUGGCAUCGAUUGUGCUACCUUCAGCCAUAGCUGCGCGGUAUCGUUUUCCGCAUCUCUAUUCUGGGAACCGCUAGCAUCUAUUCAGACGCUAGAUCCGUACUGUUUCAACGGAGGUGGGUCACAAGAUUCACGUCACUUCGGAGGAGAUGGAAUAUGUACCGUAGACGAUGUCGUUACGUGAAGGAGUGAGACGAUAUGCUAACGUUACAGGUGCCACCAGCCGAUCUGUCCGCGCAAUGGGUCACAUUAGCCACGGCUAAACACGUGCGAGUUUCCAGCAGCAGACUUGUGAAUACCUUACGAUCAGUGGAUUACGACGUGAAGAUCUUCAUUAGCAUAUAUACACACACAGUAGCGAGUCAUAUAUCGCGCUCCUUCGCAUCACGCAUGAGUGAUUUCCGAGAUAUUGAAGGUGAAAGUGGUUGAUCGAAUUGUGGCGCGUGGUGACAGAAAUCGUCGUCGCCUCGUCAAUUGCGAGUUAUCGUGACAUGGACGAAGGUUCCGAUUGGGAAUAGGCCCUGAUGUGUAUUUCUUGAGGAGCGUUGUGGCCCCCCAAAAUGAGUGCUAAAAAUUCUACCUACCAAGAAUGUUUGGAUAACGAUCGUAUGUGGUAUGCCUUCCUGGCUUCAAGUUUGGUGACAUUUGGAUUGGGUUUGGUGGUUAUACUUUGCUGGAGAUUAAUAGCCUGGCUGUGUUGUGGCAAGCGAAAACAUGCUCAGGUGUCCUACAGGUCAGUCUGUCCAUCCCCUACUGCCCAGAACCAGAAGGCAGCUGCCACUGUUCAAGGUCAAGGUCAGCAGGGGAUGCUACUCAACAAGACCCCUGACCCUGAGAUUGGAUGGAUGACCGAGGCCAAAGACUGGGCAGGGGAACUUAUAUCAGGACAGACCACGACUGGCAGGAUACUGGUUGGGCUUGUGUUUCUGCUGAGCAUAGCAUCUCUCAUCAUAUACUUCAUCGAUGCUUCAGGUAACGAGAACGUGGAAACAUGUCACCCGUGGGCCUCCAGUACAACCCAGCAGGUCGACCUGGCCUUCAACGUGUUCUUCAUGAUCUAUUUCUUCAUCAGGUUUGUGGCAGCCAACGACAAGCUAUGGUUCUGGCUGGAGUUGUUCUCGUUUGUGGACUACUUCACAAUCCCCCCUUCCUUCGUGGCCAUCUACCUGGACAGAAACUGGCUAGGUUUGAGGUUCCUGAGAGCAUUGCGGCUGAUGUCCAUCCCGGACAUCUUGACGUACCUCAACAUCCUCAAGACCAGCACCAUGAUCCGCCUUGUCCAGCUGGUGGCAUACUUCGUCAGUCUCUGGCUCGCCGCGGCUGGCUUCCUCCACCUGAUUGAGAAUUCUGGAGACUUUUUCUUCAAUUUCUCGAAUCCCCAAAAGUUGACCUACUGGGAGUGCCUCUACUUCCUGUUGGUAACCAUGUCAACCGUAGGGUAUGGAGACGUCUACGCAACAACUGUUCUGGGGCGGACCUUUGUCACCUUUUUUAUCCUCAUAAGCAUUGGUUUGUUUGCAAGCUUUAUCCCUGAAAUAGCAGAAAUCUUGAGUCGCAGACAGAAAUACGGAGGCACAUACAAGAAAGAAAGGGGAAAGAGACAUAUUGUUGUGUGUGGCCAUAUCACCUUCGAGUCGGUGUCCAACUUCUUAAAGGAUUUCUUACACAAAGAUAGAGAGGACGUGGAUGUAGAAAUUGUCUUCAUACACAAGAUGUUGCCUGACCUGGAAUUGGAAGGUCUUCUCAAACGUCACUUUACACAAGUUGAGUUUUUCCAGGGCACAGUGAUGGAUGCCAAUGACUUGGAAAGGGUUAAGAUUCGUCAAGGUGACGCGUGUCUGGUCCUGGCCAACAAGUACUGCGAAGACCCAGACCAGGAGGACGCAGCCAACAUCAUGAGAGUCAUAUCAAUAAAAAACUACCAUUCCGAAAUAAAAGUUAUUGUGCAACUCCUGCAAUAUCAUAACAAGGCAUACCUGCUGAACAUCCCAAGCUGGGACUGGAAACGAGGGGAUGAUGCUGUGUGUAUUGCAGAACUCAAACUCGGAUUCAUCGCUCAGAGCUGUCUGGCACCUGGAUUCUCAACCCUCAUGGCCAACCUCUUCACCAUGAGGUCCUACAAGCAGGGUGUUGAUCGAGCUCAGUGGCAGGCAGACUAUAUGCGGGGAACAGCCAUGGAGAUGUACACAGAAUACCUUUCCAGUGCCUUCAAUGGCAUGACCUUCCCUGAAGCAGCAGAGUUGUGUUUUGUGAAGCUAAAGCUCCUCCUAUUGGCAAUAGAAGUCCGGCAGGAGGACACAAGGGAGAGCACUCUUGCUAUCAAUCCCGGGCCUAAGGUGAAGAUAGAGAAUGCCACACAGGGGUUCUUCAUAGCUGAGUCUGCAGAGGAGGUCAAAAGAGCAUUUUAUUAUUGUAAAACCUGCCACAGCGACGUAAACGAUGUCCGUGCUAUUAAGAAGUGUCGCUGUCGUCCAUUGGCAAUGUUCAAGAAGGGAGCUGCAGCUGUCCUAGCCUUACAACGAACUGAACCCACUAACCCGGAUGUUCCAGGAGCAAGGGAGAAGAAAACUCCAGAAAAGACUCCCCAAGUGAAUGAGAAACACCAUAAAAGGGAAUUCGAAAUAAACAACAUGUCUCCCGCAAGGCGGAUCUGUACUUGGAGGUGCACCAUAAACAUGGCGACCCACCCAAUAUGGUCGAUAAGAACCACCCCUCUUCUCAUAGACAGCGUAGCAAUUCCCAAAAAAGCCUCAAAGGACAGAAACGCAGUAAAAGCAACAGGCGAGAUUCAGGGGAAAAAGAAAAGCAGUUGACAUACCUGCAGCUGUCUGCAAAUAGGCGCUGUAUUAUGUAAUUCUGGUAUUUCCAGCAUUUACAGUGUUGAUGGCAUGUUCCCAACAACUAGUUAUGUAUGUUUUCCUCAUGACAGCCUCUUGUGCAUCAAACAUUUGAUCAUUUGAGUGUGCAAAUUCCCGGUCUUAAAUUUGACAGUUCCAACAAAUAAUAUGUUUGGGUUUUUAGAAAGUUUGAAUGAAUAUUUCAUCUUCAUCCAUGCAUUGCUAGAUCCCCUAUCUUAUACCUUCGUUGCUAUUUUCUGCUGUAACCGACAUUAAC